GAUACAUUACAACGUUCAAUAAGCUAAAUGUACUAAAAAACAAUAUAAAUAAAAAUAACGCAACUCUCGAAAACGAAUAUUUCCACACAUAUCCAGUCCUCACAGGAAUCGGAGAAACACUAACAACCAUUAUUACUGAAGGCAAUAAAAAUUUCGAGAAUGCUAGAAAUGUUAUUAAAGAAGUUAAAAGUACAAUAAAAUAUUCGUUUCAUACUAUUGACGAAACCAUAAGAAAUGUAUUCAAAGAUAAUCUACCUAAAAUUACAGGAUUAAUAACACAAGCUGGCAAAUCUAUCAAAGGAAUAAAUAACAAAUAUAAAAUUAAAGAGCGUAUUCCUAAAUAUACAAAUAUUAUUUUAUUAACUAAUGUUAUUUUAUUGUUACCACCAUUCUUAAUAUUAUUAGGUAUCAUAAUUUUUAUGAUAUUUAUUCUUAUGGGAAAUAUACAAAAAAAUAAUAAUUUCUUCAUAAAAUUAUUUGGUCAUUUCAGUGCUUACUUUGGUUUCCUCACAAUAAUUACUCUAUCCUUUGGAAUACUAUUCUUAAGUACUUCAGUUAUAGGAGGGACAUCUUGUAUUUUAUCAGAAAGAAUUUUAAAAAAUGAAUUACGUUUUGAUAUAUUAAAUAAUACUCUUAUAGAUUAUUGUAUUAAAAAUGAAAACGCACCAUUAAUUCACGAUGAUAUAACAACAAGCUUUGUUACUAAAAUUAAUUCUUUCGAUACAGGACAUAUAGAUAAUAAUAUAAACGAAUAUGAAAAACGUUUUACAAUUUUAAAAAAUUCUUUUUUUCAGAAGUCCUUAAAAUUUAUGGAUUAUAUAUGGAUUGUUAUAAUGAAACGAGAAAACAAUACAUUUUUAAAUAAAAUAAGAAAUGAACAAGUCAAAACAUCCUUAUUAAUAACAGGUAUUAUAAACGAAAAUAUUAAAUAUCAAAAUAUGCAAGCUAUAGGUAUCAAAUCCUAUUUAACUACGUUGAACGGAAUUAUUUUUCCUGGAAAUAUUGGUAAAAUAUGUUUUAAUGAUAACAUAUGUGAAAAGGAGAAUAAUACAUAUAAUAUUACUGAGAAUUCAAAAACAACCGAUCAGAAAUAUAGAACUAUACGUAAUCUAAUAAGUGAACACCUUAGACAUGAUUUGGAUGCUAUUGUUGAACUCUUUGUUUAUAAAGCACGUAUUCUAAAAGAAAAAAUAUUCGAUAUUAACGAUCUUGAUAGUAACGAAAAAAACAAAAUAGGAUGGAGCGAAUAUACACCCAGAAAUAUAAAUGGAACACAAAAAAAAUCAAUCAUUAAUACUUUCCUAGUAAAUGUUAUUGAAAGUAUUAACUUUUCAGAAAUAAUAAAUUUCUUUGAUAAAAUGAGAAAUCAAUUUAAUGUACUUAAAGAGCUAAUUCUAUUAAAAAUUGAUACAUUAACAGAAAAUACAAAAUGUAAUAAAUUAGUAAAAGAACUUAUUCAUGUCAGAAAAGAUUAUUGUAAUAACGUCGUUUUGAAUUUAUCUACUUUAUCUGUAUAUUUAAUUAUAUUUUCCAUCACUUCAUUUCUAUUAUGGUAUCUAUUUCUAUUCUUGUGGUUCUAUUAUAAUAUUAAACCAUCAUAG